GGUGCUGAUCGCCGCCCGCCCGCGCCGACCCCGGGGCGCGGCCAUGGAGGUGGUGGGCGACUUCGAGUACAGCAAGCGGGACCUCGUGGGACACGGGGCCUUCGCCGUGGUCUUCCGGGGGCGGCACCGCCAGAAAACUGAUUGGGAGGUAGCUAUUAAAAGUAUUAAUAAAAAGAACCUGUCAAAAUCACAAAUACUGCUUGGGAAGGAAAUUAAAAUCUUAAAGGAACUUCAGCAUGAAAACAUUGUAGCACUCUAUGAUGUUCAGGAAUUACCCAACUCUGUCUUUCUGGUGAUGGAGUAUUGCAAUGGUGGAGACCUGGCAGAUUAUUUGCAAGCUAAGGGCACGCUCAGCGAGGACACCAUCAGAGUGUUUCUGCAUCAGAUCGCAGCUGCCAUGCGCAUCCUGCACAGCAAGGGCAUCAUCCACAGGGACCUCAAGCCCCAGAACAUCCUGCUGUCCUAUGCCAAUCGCAGGAAGUCCAGUGUCAGUGCUGUUCGCAUCAAAAUAGCUGAUUUUGGUUUUGCUCGUUACUUGCAUAGUAACAUGAUGGCUGCCACACUGUGCGGGUCCCCAAUGUACAUGGCUCCUGAGGUUAUCAUGUCUCAACAUUAUGAUGCCAAGGCCGACUUGUGGAGCAUUGGGACAGUGAUAUAUCAGUGCCUCGUUGGAAAGCCACCUUUUCAGGCUAAUAGUCCUCAAGACCUAAGGAUGUUUUAUGAGAAAAACAGGAACUUAAUGCCUAGCAUUCCCAGAGAAACAUCACCUUAUUUGGCUAAUCUUCUAUUGGGUUUGCUUCAGAGAAACCAAAAAGAUAGAAUGGACUUUGAAGCAUUUUUCAACCAUCCUUUCCUUGAGCAAGUUCCAGUAAAAAAAUCCUGCCCAGUCCCGGUGCCCAUGUAUGCCGGCUCUGCCUCUGGAGGCUCCUAUGGCAGCUCUCCAUCCUGUCGUUUCGCCUCUCCACCGUCCCUUCCAGAUAUGCAGCAUAUUCAGGAAGAAAACUUAUCCUCCCCACCAUUGGGUCCUCCCAACUAUCUCCAGGUGUCCAAAGAUUCUGCCAGUACUAGUAGCAAGAACUCUUCUUGUGACACGGAUGACUUUGUUUUGGUUCCACACAACAUCUCGUCAGACCACUCAUAUGAUAUGCCAGUGGGAACUGCUGGCAGACGUGCUUCUAAUGAGUUCUUGGUAUUUGGAGGGCAGUGCCAGCCCUCCGUGUCCCCGCACAGCGCAGCUGCCCCCAUUCCCGUCCCCACACAGGUGAGGAACUACCAGCGCAUAGAGCAGAACCUCACCUCCACUGCUGGCUCCAGCACAAAUCUACAUGGCUCUCCACGAUCUGCAGUGGUACGAAGGUCUAACACCAGCCCUCUGGGCUUCCUCCGUCCGGGAUCUUGCUCCCCAGCGCCGGCAGAUGCGGUUCCGGCCAUAGGACGAAGACUCUCCACUGGCUCUUCCAGGCCUUACUCACCUUCCCCUCUGGUGGGCACCAUUCCUGAGCAGUUCCGUCAGUGCUGCUGCGGGCAUCUUCAGGGCCACGAAUCCAGGAGUAGGAACUCGUCAGGUUCUCCCGUACCGCAGGCCCAGUCACCACAGCCUGUCCUGUUGGGCGCUAGACUGCAGAGCGCCCCCACCCUCACCGACAUCUACCAGAACAAGCAGAAGCUCAGAAAACAGCACUCUGACCCCGUGUGCCCAUCCCAGGCCGGGGCUGGCUACAGCUGCUCCCCUCAGCCCAGCCGGCCUGGCAGUCUUGGGACCUCCCCGCCCAAGCACACCGGGUCCUCCCCGCGGAGCUCAGACUGGUUCUUCAGAACUCCGUUACCAACCAUCAUUGGCUCUCCUACUAAGACCACGGCUCCUUUCAAAAUUCCCAAAACGCAAGCAUCUUCCAACCUGCUCGCCUUAGCCACUCGUCACGGGCCUUCCGAGGGGCAGCCGAAAGACGGGAACAACCCAAGGAAAUGCACUCACUGUGUCCUGGUACAAGGAGGGGAGAGGCAGAAGUCCGAGCAUCAGGUCAAGGCAGCAUUUGGCAGGUCCGUCAGUACUGGGAAAUUAUCAGAUCAACAAGUAAGAACACCUUUUGGUGGACAUCAGGGCAGCACAGACAGUUUAAAUACAGAACGACCAAUGGAUACAGCCCCUGCAGGAGCCUGUGGUGUUGCCCUGGCCCCCCCUAUAGGAGCAGCAGCAAGUUCUAGGGUUGUGAUGUUCACAGUGGGGUCUCCCCCACACAGGGCCGCAGCCACCACGUGUGCCCACAUGGGCCUUCGGAUAAGAACCACCUCAGGGGGCUCUAGCAGCUCCGGGGGCUCUCUGUGCUCCAUCGGUGGCCGCGUGUGUGGGGGCUCCCCGCCUGGGCUGUGCUCGGGGUCUCCCCCUCUGGGAGCAGAGGCAGCCCCCAGCCUGAGACAUGUGCCUUGUGGUGCUUCACCCCCCAGCCUGGAGGGGCUCGUCACCUUUGAAGCCCCCGAACUGCCAGAGGAAACGCUGAUGGAGCAAGAACAUGCAGACACCUUACGCCACCUGAACUCAAUGCUGCUGUUCACGGAGUGUGUGCUGGACCUGACGGCUGUGCGCGGGGGAAGUCCAGAGCUCUGUGCAUCCGCCGUCUCCGUGUACCAGAUCCAGGAGAGUGCGGUGGUGGACCAGAUCAGCCAGCUGAGCAAGGACUGGGGGCGGGUAGAGCAGCUGGUGUUGCACAUGAAAGCUGCACAACUCCUGGCAGCCUCUCUGCAUCUCGCCAAAGAGCAGAUCAAGUCCGGGAAGCUGAGCCCAUCCUCGGGUGUGAAGCAAGUUGUCAAAAAUCUGAAUGAACGAUAUAAAUUCUGCAUUAGCAUGUGCAAGAAACUGACAGAAAAGCUGAAUCGCUUCUUCUCUGACAAACAGAGAUUUAUUGAUGAAAUCAACAGUGUAACUGCAGAGAAACUCAUCUAUAACUGUGCUGUAGAAAUGGUUCAAGCCGCAGCCUUGGAUGAAAUGUUUCAGCAGACUGAAGAUAUUGUUUAUCGCUAUCAUAAAGCAGCCCUUCUUCUGGAGGGCUUAACUAAGAUUCUUCAGGACCCAGCAGACAUUGAAAACAUCCAUAGAUAUAAAUCUAGUAUUGAAAGAAGAUUGUCAGCACUCUGCUAUAGCACCUCAGCCUUGUGAGCAGCAGCAGGCCUGCCCCCAGGACCAGCGGUGGGUGUCAGGUGAUGCCAUUGGGAGCACAGCUUGGGUCCUGUCGCCCCACUCUUACGUGGUGACUACCAAAGAGCACGCAGUGGUUUCACAAAGGAAAACCAAUCCCAGAACUACAUAUUGUAGGAGGUCUGCCUAACCAGAGAAGUCACCCCUUCCCUUUCUCUUUAUAGAAGCAGAUGCAAAAGUGUUCCACUGGGCUUUCGGUUUGAUUUCGGUAAAUAAACAUACCUUAGAACUAGAGUCACCAAUAUGGUUACUGUUAAGGAGAGUUAGCAUGAAGUGAUGAGUGGCUCUUUGUACUAGCCACCAGAGCACAGUGUGGGACUCCUUGUAUUCACUGAGGUGUGAAGUAAAAGCCCCAUCUCCUCCGGGCAGUUCAGUUCUCGGGGUGAGUUUGUCUGAGUCUGAGCAAGCACCCAUAAACAGCUCAGGAAGAAAUAGCUUAAGAAGGAGUGAAAGAUGACUCUUGGAAGAUAUUGUGAAAUCUUCAAUUUGAGCUAACAUGGACAUAUAUUAAUAAUCUUCCAAAAUCUUUCAUAUCGCACUAAUUUAUUAAAACAACUGUAUUGGAUUUUGCAAUUUAAAACUAACUGAGGCACAAUGGACUUGUUUAGAGUAUUUUACUUGAUUAUAUAUGCGUACCCUUUCCAGAAUUCACAUGUAAUCUCUCGUGGACUUUUCAGUGGUAAAGACUUGUGUUUUAUGAGCCUCUGCAUUUUCUUAACCUGUUCAUCUACGCCUACAGGUUUUCUCUCACUGAUGUUUUUAAGUUGCUGGUUGUCUGCUUUAGUUUGCAUUUUUUUUACUGUGCAUGCGUAAUGUGCAUUCAUGCCUGUGACCGCUAGGUUUAUUCGGGCAGCACUGGAACAAGUGGCAGGCCAGAGAUACACUCAAGAAUUGCAGUAGGGCCAAAACACAGAGUUGGUGAUCUCUAGGCUUUUUAGUGCUGUGGAGUUUUACAUGAAGUCAGUGAAAAAUGAGGUUUGUUUUCUCUUAGGAUAAGGGGCGGCUCUCUCCAGCCUGUGUGCAUUUUCCUGUUAAUCACGGCAGUCCACCAGGGAGCUAGUCGUGGAGAAUGUGGGCCCUUAACGUCCCUGCAGAAACGGUGCCCACGCGGUCGAUGAUUUGGUUUCUUUGACUUACAUGCUUGGAUACUUGAACAAACCAUUCUCCAGUUUUAACCCUCUUAGAUGAUAUCAUCUAAACUUGGACAAAUUGCACAGAAGCUCUUUGGCAUUAAUCUAAUUUAGUGUACUGAUAAAAACAAAAACAAGGUUUUCCUUUGACAAAGUAAUGUAAUUUUUACCUUAUUUAUCUGUAUAAAAUUCCAGCAGUUAAUUUGAACAUUUAUUUAUAUGAUGUUUGUAUUUUUAGGUCUUUAAUACGGUGUUUCUACCUCUCAUUUGUAACUGCAUGCAUUACUCUUGAAACUAGGUAAAACUCACUGAAUUGUGUAGUAGCCUUUUUAUUAUUGCCUGUACAGAUGUAUACUAAGAUAAAUAAAACUGACCAGGUGUUUCUAGGACAAGGCUGGGUCCCUGUGACGUGGCUUGUCAGACCAACUCCUUCCUCAGUGAGUUUGGAGGCUGGGUGGUUAACACACAUUGCCCCAGGACUUCAGGUUGUGGUGACAGUUCUGCAGGCUAUGGGAGCAGGGCUAUGCUGGGGGCCCCCCUCCCCCAGCAGGGUGACAAGCACCAUUACCAGUGAUGCUCUAGUUUGUACCACUGUUUUGAGUAUAAAGGGCAGUUUCUUGUAUGUUCUCUCAGUAACCACCUAGGUUAUCUCAGUUGAUCCUCCAAAGGGGGUGGGUGCACUCUGGCCCCUCCUCCCCUUUCCCGUUUGUUUUAAACACAGGACGGAAUGAGUUCACAGUGAGGGAAUGCUUGGUCUGCCAUCAGUACCUAGGGAGUGGUCUCCAAGUGCAUUCUUCUUGUGCGAGAAAAGUCAGGUGGUAGGUGGUGUAUGUGUGAAACCCUGCGGUCUGAACAGCAGAAAACAAACUGUAAAUGCAGGAAUAAUGAUUCUGAUUAUAUUUCCAUUAUCAAGGCCAAUUGUUUUAAGAGAUUUUGCCUUGAU